UUUCUGUAAAAGACACACCAUUUCAGCAUUUCAUUCCUCUCCCCUCUCCGGAGUCUCCUCCUCCUCCUCCUCCCCCGUUGUGACUCUGAAGCUGCCUCUAGUUCUCCAUCCGCCACCACAUCGCGUCCGUCAUAAAAAUCCCCAACCAAGCGCCUGCCGCCAUUCCAUUCCACCACCGCCACCACCCCCAAUCGCUCGCUGUAUGCACGAGCCCUAAAUCCACUAUUGCAUUUGUUUUGUUUUUCUUUUUUGGUUAUAUAUCAGGCAAUCUGGAUAGGCUGUGCCUGUAUUUAGAUCCGGUAUUUUGCCAGUGCGGGAGAGGAUUUAGGUGAGCGAGCAUCUUGAUUUUGACCAAUCUUUGCCUCUCUUCAACCCUCUUCUGUGUGCCUGCCCUUUAAAUCCCUCGUGGUGGGGAGGGGAGGGGAGGCUAAGGCGCGCAAAGCAAGAACAGCUGCUUCCGUCGUGUUAGCUGGUAUCCAAAGGAACCAUCAAGGUGUUGAGUGGAGAUAUUGGGGGACAAAGUUUGUAUUUUGGAGGUUAUUGUUUUCUUUCCAUUGAUUAAAAAUGUUGAGGCAGAGCUCUAGUAGGAAUCACAGAUCCAAAGGUCUGAAACUGAAGAAGGCUCUUCAGAUAAGCCUCUUGGUUCUGGUUUCUGUUUGGUUGAUAUACCAAGUUAAGCAUUCAUAUGAGAAGAAGGCAUAUCAUGAAAACGAAGCCAAUGGACUGCAUAAAGAUGAUCAAAAUCAGGGCGAGAUCAGAUUAGGCAGGAAGGACCUUCCUACGAAGAUGGAGGCUGAUUCAUCAACACUAGAUGAACGGAUUGAGGACGAAGAGAAUGAAGAGAUGGAGCAAGAAAUGAAGCACGAUGAGAAUGACGAAGAUCCCAUUGAUGAACCAGACCUAGACAAGGAUGAUGAUCUUCCUGAGCCUGGUGAGCACUCUGCUGACAAGGAUGAAAGAUCUGAGGAUGUGGGUGUGUUCGAGGAUGAAGAGCGGAAGGAGCGGUCCCAGGAGGAUCAAGAGAAGACCUUUCAUGGUGAUAAUGUAUCAAGUGCUGUUAGUCAUGACCCUCCAUCAUCAGAGCAAGAUGAGCUUCUCCAUCGUGCCCAAGAGAAAAUAUUAUAUGUAGAUGAUGCUUCUACCGCUGUGCCUCAUGACAACCAGGAAGCUGAACGCAGGGAGGAGGAAGCUCGCAAGGCUAGGGAGAUGACUUUCAGAGGUGACGAUGUGUCAAGUUCUGUGGAUCAUGAUGCCCAAGUGACGAAACCUCUCCCGGAAGAGCAAUUGAACAGCAUGGAUAGAAUAUUUGAAGGCACCACAAAUUUGUCAAAUGGAAUAACAUUUCGAGUCCCAGGAGUAAAUGAAUUAAAUGCUUCUAGAGAGCUUGCGGCAUCUUCCCAUCCAAAUACCGCCACUGUUUCAGAAAGCAAUACUGAUACAGCUCCAAUAAAAUUGAAUAGCAACCAUACUGGAUCAGAUCAAACUAAUUUAACCUCUUUGAAAGGUCAGCAAGAGCAGCAAACAAAUUCAACAGCUGUGUUGAACAACCAAGUACAGCUUUUCACUGACUUGACAUCAGCUGCUGAGUUGAAUUCUCCACCAAAUGGGACUUCAACCGGUGCUGAAAAGGCCACUUCCUUAGAUAGAGACCAUGAUGGUAAUACUGGAACCGAUAAGGCUGAGGAAGGAGACACACGCAAAGACUUGGAUUUAUCUACAAAAAUCAUGAACAAGGCUAUUAGUGAAGAUGAAGUUGUUCUUGAAUGAUAAGGACAUCCCUCAGGUUAACUCCUGGUGUAACUUGUAAGUCUGUAGGGCUUCAAGAGAAGAGACCGGUCUUCUCUUUCUCAUUAGACUUGGAGAUGCAAUACAAGUAAACUAUCUCUAUUGCCCCCCCUUUUUGUAUAAAUUUGAUAGAGAUAUGCUUUGUAUUGCCUAGCGCAUCAUGAUCUGGGGCGACUGAUGAGUGAAAGGCUUGUAUGGAUGAAAAAUAUAGCCAUUCGGCAGCUCUGAAGCGUUGCUGCCGCGAUGAUAUCUCAACUUGUCUAUAGCUUAUGUUUA